AUGACUGUCGCUCUUCAACCUCAGCACCCCGUCGGGCUCACGAUCCCUCCCUACACCGAUCAUGCGAUCUCAGUGUCUCUGCCGACCUGGCUUGACAACGUAUCCUAUGAAGAGGGCGAUCCUCGCGUAUUGAACGUCAUGCAGACGGGAUACCCCCGCUUCUUCGUUCACAAGAGUAUUGAGAAGCUCGCGGAGAUCUGCACGCAGAAGUUCGGCAAGCCCAACGAGAGGAGCAUGCUCUUUGCCACCCCGAAGAUCGCUGAAGAAUGCCGCGUCUUUGUGACCAGCCGCGACGUCGAAGCCCGCGUGGUGCAGUUUACCAUGCCCGAUCACGCGACGCAUAUCUAUGCCGUCCUCUUCCCAUCCGAGCAGUUCUCUGUCGCGAAGCAAUUCUGGCAGCACACCGGGCUUGGGAUCUCGAGUCGCCGCGCAGAGCACGCACUGGCACUUCUCACCAACCAGUCCGCUGCGGCGCCUGCAGCGAAGGCGUCAAACAGACAUUACGCGGCGAAACCCGCCCGCGGAGUACCCAUAGCGCCGCCGGUCCAAGCAGAAGACUUCGAGCGGGAUCAGGCGCUCUUUAUUGAGGAGCGCUUCGGACGCAACCUCAACCCUCAGGCGGCGGAAGAGGCGAAGCGCGCAAUGCGCUUGCGUAUCGCCGGUGUGCUCGUUCGGGAUGAGCGGGGUGAGAUCGAGGUCGGCGAGUCGGUUCGUGGUGCGAGCGUGCAGGAGAGCGAUGUAUUCCUCUACCCUACUGGCAUGGCCGCGAUCUGGUCAGCGCAUCAGUUGGCGCUGGGUGCUCUUGGGCAGAGGAAGAGCAUCUGCUUUGGCUUCCCCUACACAGAUACCCUGAAGUGCCUGGAGAAGUGGGGCCCUGGUUGCUGGUUCUUCGGCAAUGGACUUGACUCUGACAUCGACGAACUGGAGAGGGUGCUAUCGGAGGAGCAAGCGGCCAACCCCGGCAAGCCCCCGGCCCUCGCGCUCUUCACCGAAUUCCCUUCGAACCCGCUCCUGCGCUCCGCCAAUCUCAUCCGCCUACGCGAGCUGGCCGACAAGUACGAUUUCCUCAUCGUCAUCGACGACACCAUCGGCAACUUCGUCAACGUCGAGGCGCUGCCUCAGGCGGAUAUCAUGGUCUCGAGUCUCAGCAAGAUCUUCAGCGGCGAGGCUAAUGUUAUGGGAGGAAGCUUGGUAUUGAACCCUGCCCGCAAGCACUACAUGGAGCUCAAGGCGCAUCUAGCGAAGACGUACGAGAACUCGUACUUUGACGCGGACGCCAUCUUCAUGGAACGUAACUCGCGCGACUUCCAGCGCCGCAUCGCCGAGAUCGACGACAACACCGAAGCCGUCUGCGACAUGCUUUACGCGGCCUCGCGUCUCGGCGGAGACGCAUCUUCGCCUCUCAACAACGUCUAUUACCCGAAGUGGGAGACCCGUGCGAACUACGACUCGUGUCGCGUCAAGGGUCCGGGGCGCCCGGGAGGCUUUGGCGGACUGUUCUCCGUCGACUUCAAUUCGCGCCAGGCGAGCGCUGCUUUCUUCGAUGCUCUCCCGUGUUACAAGGGCCCAUCGCUCGGCACGAACUUUACGCUCGCGUGUCCGUACACCAUCCUCGCGCACUACGGCGAGCUUCCGUGGGCUGCGACAUUCGGGGUGAGCGACUCGCUCGUGCGCGUGUCCGUCGGCAUGCAAGACCGCGAGAGUCUACUCGCUUCAUUCGUCGUUGCGCUCAACGCUGCCCGCGCGGCAGCGUUGACGUAG